UAGUCUUCAAUUCUCAUUGUAAUCUUUUUAUUAUUUAUAAACUGUUUUUAUAUUACAUUGUUAUACAAUAAUUUAUUUACUCAAUGUUUGUUUUAAAUUAAGACUAUCAAUUAACAAUAUUUUUUUUAUAAACUAGUAUUCAAAUAGACAUUCGUAAAGAAUGAUGGCAUCUAAAAAUGUUUAUGUGGAGGAAAUAAUAUAAUUUAUUUACUUGUACAGUCAAUAUAUUUAAUUAAACAUGGAUAAACUUACUGUAAUAUCCGGAACACUUUUCAUGGCAGCUGAUGUCUUUGCUAUAGUUAGCCUUGCUAUGCCUGAUUGGAUUAUUACGGAUGUAGGAGGAGAUACACGCCUCGGAUUGAUGUGGUCAUGUAUAACAUUGUACAAUAGACCUCAAGUUUGUUUCACACCAGAUCUACAGCCUGAGUGGCUACUAGCACUAAUCUGUAUCUUCAUUGGAUGUAUAUGUAUUACUACAACUGUGAUACUCUUAGCAUCCAGUCACUUUGAUAGAAAUGUGAUCCCAUAUGCUCGUUGGGUUGGAUUUGCAGCAAUGGUGGUUUUUUGUUUGGCUGCUGUAAUAUUUCCAAUGGGCUUCCAUGUAGAUGAAAUCGGAGGUCAACCAUACCAACUCCCAAACAGCCAUCAAGUUGGAAUCUCGUAUAUAUUAUUUGUGCUCUCAUUAUGGAUUACAGUUAUUUCUGAAUUAUUUGCUGGAAAAGUUUGUCUGCCUCAUUUCUAGUAUUUAAUUUAGUGGUAAGAGUAAUAUAAACUGAUAUUUUGUCAUCGAUUAAAAGAAUUAUUCCCUA